CAGUAGCUUUCUCUGAAAUCGCAAUGCCUCUCCCCCUUCUGCUCUCACUUACGCUGCAGUGAAACUCUCCCGCCCAAAGAUGGCGAAAAAGAGGGACGAAAAGAGGGGACAGAGUUUAUUUUCUCUCUCUAAAAAAUAUUCUUCUGUAGCCUAGAGAGAGAAGAAAAGAUAAUUGCAGGAAGGGAAGCAAUAACGAAGAUGAAUAAAGGGGAAGUUGCUUAUUUCCUCUGUGUAUUAUCGCUUCUUCUGCAUCUCUGAGAGAGGUAUUGAGUCUUCUUGUCUAGCUCUGAGAGAGAGAGAAGGUGAGGAAUAAAGAAUUAUAGAAUUAAAGAAGAAAAGCGAGGGGAAAGCUGCUUCUUCUCUCUCUGUAUCAACUCUUCUUAUCAGUUUUUAGAGAGAGAAAGAAAGGACAAGGAGGAAACAGCCAUGCCUAGGGUUUCUGCUUUGGAUAUGCCCGAUGUUCCAAAGGGGCAGCUGCCAGAGCACCUCAACUUCCAGAGAACUCGUGUUCUCUGUGCUUCGGAUGCUGCUCUACACACAGAAGGUAUUCAGUACUCUGGAGCUUAUGCAUCUAUGGGGGUCGAUAAUAGUCUCAAUUUGGAAAAGUUUUGUGAGAAUUUCAAGGUUGAAGUGAUUGAUAUCAAGGAUGAAGAAAGUUCAGGUACAGAUUGGGAUAAAGAAAAUUCUAUUGAAUUCGAUAUGGUGGGCAUUGACGCUUCAUUGGCAAAUGCUUUCCGAAGGAUUCUCAUUGCUGAGGUUCCUACGAUGGCUAUUGAGAAAGUCCUAAUAGCAAACAACACAUCAGUAGUACAAGAUGAAGUGCUGGCUCAUAGGUUGGGUCUUAUACCUAUCAAAGUUGACCCCAGGCUAUUUGAAUAUAAAUCAGAAAAUGAUGCUGCUACUGAAAAAAAUACCAUUGUUUUUAAACUACAUGUUAAAUGUGGAAAGGACUCUACCCGUCUCACAGUGAAGUCGGAUCAAUUGAAGUGGCUACCAGGAGGGAGUGAGCUUCCAAUGGCAGCAGCCGACUCUUCUUCGAAAAUUAAAACAUAUACUUCAUUUAGUUGUAGCCAAGAUUCUCUGCCUGAAUUUUCAAACAAUCCAAUUACCCCUGCAUAUCCUGACAUUACCAUUGCUAGGCUUCGCUCAGGCCAGGAAAUCGAACUUGAGGCUCAUGUGGUAAAAGGACUUGGAAAAACCCAUGCAAAGUGGUCGCCUGUGUCUACUGCCUGGUAUCGAAUGUUGCCAGAGGUCGUUUUACUGCAAGAUGUUAGAGGUGAAAAUGCCGAGGAACUUGUAAAGAAGUGCCCUGCAAAGGUGUUUGACAUAGAGGAUGGUUAGUUGCUGUUUCUUCAAG